CGUCAUAGAUACAAAAUGGCUUCGCUGUCAACGAGAUUGAACUCGAAAGCAAAAGAACUGCCUGAUAUCACGUUAAAUCUAGAAAGUUUACAGUUUGAAAGUGCAUUAACAUCUGAACAAAAGAAACUUUUAUACCUGAGAGUGAGAUCGCAUGCCAUUUCCGUCACGUUAUGCGCGCAAGCCUCAUUUUUUAUUGACGUUUACAACGAAGGAAGACAGUUAGCUAUACAGUUAAAGAACCGACAAAAAAGAAAAGCUCGGAUUUUAAAGGAUCUAUGUGAACGGGAUCCCCUGUUUAUUGGUGUCCUUGGAUGUGGCCAUGUUGGGAGUCAGAUAGUGCACUGUCUUCUGACAUAUGGGCGUGUGGAACCAGAUGAAUUGGCAAUUUCAACACGGCGACCAGAGACAUUGGAAUACUUUCAAAACAAAGGUGUGGAGUGUUAUUUUAACAAUGUGAAACUGGUGUCUUCGGUGCAUAUUCUCUUUAUUUGUGUCCUGCCGUCGCAGCUUCCAGGAGUUGCUGAAGAAAUAAAGGACCACUUGUCACCAUCUACUGUUGUCUACUGCACCGCUAGUAGCAUACCACUGAAGAAACUGAAACAGAUGCUCCAGACGACAAACAUCUUACAGCCCGAUUUCUACUGGGAGACUGGAAAUAACAGCAACAAGGACUAUGACUAUAAUAUGAAAGUCGGCACUGCCUUGAAGAACAGAGAUAUUGUGGAGCAAACAAAUCCAUUUACAAAUAAAGUGGAAGAUUUAGUUAUUGUACCUGCAAAACACUUUGGUGAAGCCCUUCUCCACGGCUUCUUAAACAUGUUAUCAGACAGUGGCCUCACUGUCGAAGAGAGUCUGGACAUAUUACACUGCGCCAUGUUUUGUGAGACAGAAAAACAGACGGUCAAAGACAGACUUAAGAUGGAGGACUUUUUCUGUGGCAAAAUUGACCAGCAGGAGAAAUUUCCAAAAUUUAGCCUGUUUGAAAUUUUGGAAAAUGGCUCGCCUUUGUCACCUAGAAUAAAACAAAGUCCAGAACUUCAGGAGUCAUUUUCAAAGCGAUACUGGGAAGUGUUUGAACAAUAUAUCAGCUUGAAUGCAUACAACAAAGUUAAAUAAUCUAUUCAAACAGCUAACUUGUUUAAUGUGAUUGGACAGAGAAAUGGAACAAAGUAGCUUUGACUUCAGCAUUUGUCAGACUUGUAUCCCAAAUUAUAUUUUACACUUUGUUAAAAGAGAUAACUUAAUUGAUAUAAUCUCUUGUUGAAGACUGUGAUACCAUGUUUUGUUAAAUAUAUAUAUUUGGUAA